UCGACGGGAUUGACCGCAGUCAUGAAGUUAAACGUUUCGUACCCGGCAACGGGAUGCCAGAAGUUGUUCGAAGUGGUGGACGAGCACAAGCUUCGUAUCUUUUACGAAAAGCGCAUGGGCGCCGAAGUAGAGGCUGAUCAGUUAGGCGAUGAAUGGAAGGGCUAUGUACUUCGUGUCGCUGGCGGCAACGACAAGCAAGGAUUCCCGAUGAAACAGGGCGUCCUGACAAACAGCCGUGUUCGUCUUCUGAUGUCAAAGGGCCACUCAUGUUACAGACCGCGCCGCGAUGGAGAGAGAAAACGUAAAUCAGUUCGUGGAUGUAUUGUUGACGCCAAUCUCUCGGUCUUGGCUCUUGUUAUUGUGCGCAAGGGUGCCCAGGAAAUUCCUGGAUUGACUGAUGGAAAUGUACCCCGCCGUCUAGGUCCCAAACGUGCUUCCAAAAUCCGUAAGCUGUUCAACCUUAGCAAAGAAGAUGAUGUACGUCGUUAUGUCGUCAAACGCGUGCUCCCAGCCAAGGAAGGAAAAGAAAAUGCUAAACCCAGACAUAAGGCACCUAAGAUCCAGAGGCUAGUCACCCCUGUAGUUCUGCAGCGUAGACGUCAUCGUCUCGCUCUGAAGAAGAAGCGUCUCGCUAAGCGCAAGUCCUCUGAGGCUGAAUAUGCUAAAUUGCUUGCACAGAGAAAGAAGGAAUCCAAGGUGCGUCGCCAGGAAGAGAUCAAACGCAGGCGGUCAGCUUCAAUGCGUGAUUCCAAGAGCUCUAGCCAGAGUGCUCCGCAAAAGUGAUCUACUGUAUUUUAAAUAAAAAAUAUAAAACGUUA